GCGCGGAUUGACGUGUAGACGGCAUUUCGGUUAGUAUUCAAUAUGCAAGCAGGAACACGUUUUCUAAAUGCUUUACUAUUAAGCCAGCAACAUGGUCGGGCGUGCGAAAAUAGCAGCGUUCUCGCGAGAAAAGACAGGUUUCGUAUCUUACUCAAUCCUUUGUAAGGUACACGUUCUAGAAGACACAAGAGAUGUAUUUAAAUUAACACUUUAGUCAUGCUAGAUUUAUUUACGUGUGACGCUGAUUACAUUUCUAUUAUAAAGUAAUUUACAAAUCAGUACAGUGCAUCGGCUGUUCGUCCAUUCGUUUUCUCUCACACACGUUUUCCAAACAGUUUGGAGAACAGUGGAAAACAAUCAACAUCUAUAUAUGGACUUCCCUUUCGAUUAUGUUUAAAUAAUUCAUAAUUACACUCGCGUUCCAAAGGCUUUUUGUAUCUUUAAGAAACUGGAAAAGGUUGGACUUUGUUGAGCGUCCAAUGAGAAAUUGCUACAGGGCUGGAAAUGGCCAAUGGGAAGCGCGGAGGUUGAGUCGAUUAGGGGUUGGCAAAGAGACAGGGUGCGUGGCUAGUGAGUGGUUUUCAGUUAACUAGCAAGUCGUACCAGCCCCAACUGCGUUAGAAGUAGACGUUUGCGCAGCGACGGGGGUGAAGCACGGGCACGAUAAAUGGACUUUACAACAAAGGACAAAAGACAGUGAGCUAACUGCUUUUAAAGAAACCUCUUUUUUUCACCAGGAAAUCUCGACUAAGGGGAAAUUUACAUUUUUUCCUCCUGCAUUUACGCACAAAAGGGCGUUGCUGGAUAAGACUAACAUGUCUCAAAGAGUUCGAAGAAACGUGUCGCCGACUACCAGCAUUACCGCUGCCAGCAGCGGGGGAGGUGGGAGUGGGGGUGCUGGAGCUUCGGGGACUAAUGCGGGAUUAAGUUCGUUCGGUCGCCUGCUGCCCAUGAAGGCUACUGUUCCGUUUCAGCUGAAACUUCAGUCACAGCCCCCCCUGCAGACGAGGUCGCCACAUGGUACCAGUAGUGGGGGUAACAGCCCCACGCGCAGCAGCAGCAGCAGCAACAACAGCAGCAGCAGCAAAGGCAGCGCCAGUGGAUGCGAAGCGACCGGCACGCGCACGUCGACGUCGAGCAGUCGGAGUCCCACUCGUGCCGUCUCCGCCAGCGCCUCGGCAGUCAUUUCCCCACUCGCUCCAUCUUCCGUUUCGCCUCCUUUUUCUUCCUCGCACGCGAGCCCCGCCGCAGCCGUCGGCACACAGACUGGCAGCGCUUCCUCGCCGUCUUCGGGUGGCAGCCCCGCCGUCACGACCCACGUUUCCGCGUCAGGCACGAGCGGCGCGACCGGCAGACCCCCCCAACCACCACCUCAAGCACCCUCGCAACAGCAGCUCACCGUGUCCGCCUCGCACGGCAACAUCCACAAUAGCGGCAACAGCAACGUCAUAACCAGCCUCUCCGCGCCCCCAUUUUCUGUGUCCGCCCGGUCCCCCUGCUCUUCCCCCACCCAACCCCUGCUCUGGCUCUCCGAUUGUUCGCUGGUGGCGACCUCCCUGCAGACGCCGCAUUUUUCCGCUUCGCCAUCCUCCUCCUCUUCCUCCUCUUCGUCAUCCUCAGGUGGCAACCGGGAAAGACCGCAGCCCCCACCCCAACGCUCGUCCCCGGAGCACGGCAGGCAGUCUCCCGAGAGAAGAAGCCCAAGCUCGCCCAUCUUCAGAGAGAAGCUCAGGCCGGCUCCAGCCAUUGCUCCCUCAGGCUCCUCCUCCUGCGCCUCCUCCACCUCCUGCAGCAGCAGCAGCGGUGUGCACCAUAGCCCCUCCCUGGACACGCUCACCGGGCCCUACCUGUCGGGCCACUGGCCUCGGGACGGCUGCCACGCCCAGUGCGCACCCUGCAUGAGGGACAAGGCCACUCAGACCCCCAGCGCCUGGGCUGAUGAGUGUUCAGAGAAGAGGAGGAGCUCCCACAAGCGCUCGGCCUCCUGGGGCAGCACGGACCAGCUCAAAGAGAUCGCUAAGUUGCGGCAGCAGCUGCAGCGCAGUAAGCACAGCAGCCGUCACCAUCGCGACAAGGAGCGCAAAUCCCCCUUCAACGGCAACCAUGCCGCCGUCAGCCAAUCACAGGCUCCGAUCCCCAAGAGCGUGCUGAUCCCCAUCCCCAUCUCCAAGCCCGUGUCGCGCUUCAGGAACAGCCUGGAGGGCCUGAACCAGGAGAUCGAGCGCAUCAUCGUCCGCGAGCCGGGGGAGCGCGACGAGCAGCUGCUGCCCCAGGACGUCCCGGACGGGCACCGUGCCCCCCCACCCCUCCCCCAGAGGAGCAGCAGCACGCGCAGCAUCGACACGCAGACCCCCUCGGGAGGGGGAGGGGGCGGGGGCGGGGGAGGGGGAGGGGGCGGGGGCGGGGGCGGGACCGGCGGCCGGGGCAGUAACCAUAGCGACAGCAGCAGCCGGUCCCAGUCGGUGUCCCCGACCUUCCUGACGGUCACCAGCGACGCGGGGGCGGGGAGCCCCUGUCCCUACGACGACCUGCUGAGCAAAGACCUCGGCACCGGCUCCCCCCUGCCCAAGUACGCCUCGUCGCCCAAGCCCAACAACAGCUACAUGUUCAAGCGCGAGCCCCCCGAGGGCUGCGAGAGGGUCAAGGUGUUCGAGGAAACCACGACGAGGCCGCUUCAGGAGGUUCCGCAGUUCCUCUGUCCCGACAGGAACAAGGUCAACUUCAUCCCCAAGAGCGGCUCUGCGUUCUGCCUGGUCAGCAUCCUCAAGCCCCUGCUCCCUACGCCGGAGCGCCCCCUGAAGGGCUCGGGCGGUAUGGCAGUGCGCAGCCUGUCUCCCUCCCUGGCGCUGGAGCAGGAGCAGCGGGUGGUAACCCGGGGAACCAGCACCACCAAUCAGCAGCCCAGCCUCCCGAGACACCUGGAGGAGCCCGAGAGCUAGAGCUCAGCAGAGCCCCCCCUGUGGACAAACCAAGAAACUGCACCUUUUCAAAAUGCCUAAAUUCUUUUUAACCAAACCAAGCACCGAUUCAAAACCAAGAAACUGCGCCUUUUCAAAAUGCCCAAAUUCUUUUUGACCAAACCAACCAACCCAUUCAAAAUUCAGAACUCUUUUUUUUCUUCUUCUUUUAUUUUUACAAGACUGUUUGGGAAUCACUUUCUUUUGAUUAUCUGUCUGAAAACAAAGAAACAAGCCUGACAAGCAUUUGCUAUGCAGCUUUUUUGUUUGUCCAAAAAAAAGAAGCAGUGAGCGGAAAAGGGUGUUGGCUGGGGUAGGGUGGGGCGUCGUGGGCCCCCACCCGUAGCAUUGUGUUGAAGUCCGGCCCAGCUCUUUCCA